AGCGAGCGAGCGAGCGGCGGCGUGGAGAGCGCAGCGCGCGGUGCAGUGCCGUGCCGCGCCGCGGAGGAGGGCAGGCGGCGGCUGCGCUCGGCUCGCUCUGCCCGGCCGGCUUGGGCGCGCACCCGCGUUCGCACCGCGCCGCUGCGGGCGCACAUGGCAGCGUGAGAGGCCGGCGGCGCCGGGCCAGCACUGCAGGGCCGCAUGGACAGCGGCGCCACCCCGGCCGGUCCCCAUUAGGGCCCCCAAUCCGCGGGAGCCAGCCCCUUCGAUCAUGGUGCCUCGGCGGCCGCCCGGACACAAGAAGACCGGUUGGAGCCGCUGAACCCCCGCGGCAGCCGGGGAGCUGCAUGGGGGAGAGCGGGCCGUUCUCAAGAAGAUGCCCCGGCCGGAGCUGCCCCUGCCGGAGGGCUGGGAAGAGGCGCGCGACUUCGACGGCAAGGUCUACUACAUAGACCACACGAGCCGCACCACCAGCUGGAUCGACCCGCGGGACAGGUACACCAAACCGCUCACCUUUGCUGACUGCAUCAGCGAUGAGUUGCCGCUAGGAUGGGAAGAGGCAUAUGACCCACAGGUUGGAGAUUACUUCAUAGACCACAACACCAAAACCACCCAGAUCGAAGAUCCACGGGUGCAGUGGCGGCGGGAGCAGGAGCACAUGCUGAAGGAUUACCUGGUGGUGGCCCAGGAGGCGCUGAGUGCGCAGAAGGAGAUCUACCAGGUGAAGCAGCAGCGCCUGGAGCUGGCGCAGCAGGAGUACCAGCAGCUGCACGCCGUCUGGGAGCACAGGCUGGGCUCCCAGGUCAGCUUGGUUUCUGGUUCAUCCUCCAGCUCUAAGUAUGACCCUGAGAUCCUGAAAGCUGAAAUUGCCACAGCAAAAUCCCGGGUCAACAAGCUAAAGCGAGAAAUGGUUCACCUCCAGCAUGAGCUACAAUUUAAAGAGCAUGGCUUCCAGACCCUGAAGAAAAUCGAUAAGAAGAUGUCUGAUGCUCAAGGUUACAAACUGGAUGAAGCUCAGGCCGUCUUGAGAGAAACGAAAGCCAUCAAAAAGGCCAUCACCUGUGGAGAAAAGGAAAAGCAAGAUCUCAUUAAGAGCCUGGCCAUGCUCAAGGACGGCUUCCACACUGACAGAGGCUCUCACUCAGACCUGUGGUCCAGCAGCAGCUCCCUGGAGAGUUCAGGUUUCUCGCUGCCAAAACAGCACCUGGACGUGAGCUCCCAGACGGAUAUCUCGGGAAAUUUCGGCACCAGUGGCAGCAAUCAGCUGGCAGAGAAGGUCCGAUUGCGCCUUCGAUAUGAGGAGGCCAAGAGACGGAUUGCCAACCUGAAGAUCCAGCUGGCCAAGCUGGACAGUGAGGCCUGGCCCGGAGUGCUUGAUUCAGAGAGGGACCGGCUGAUCCUCAUCAAUGAGAAAGAGGAGUUGCUGAAGGAGAUGCGCUUCAUCAGCCCCCGAAAGUGGACCCAGGGCGAGGUGGAACAGCUGGAGAUGGCCCGGAAGCGGCUGGAGAAGGACCUACAGGCAGCCCGGGACACCCAAAGCAAGGCGCUGACGGAGAGGUUGAAGUUAAACAGUAAGAGGAACCAGCUGGUCAGAGAACUGGAGGAAGCUACUAGGCAGGUGGCAAGUCUGCACUCCCAGCUGAAAAGCCUGUCGAGCAGCAUGCAGUCCCUGUCCUCGGGCAGCAGCCCUGGUUCCCUCACGUCCAGCCGGGGCUCCCUGGCCGCCUCCAGUCUGGACUCAUCCACCUCGGCCAGCUUUACCGACCUCUACUAUGACCCCCUCGAGCAGCUGGAUCCAGAAUUGCAGAGCAAAGUAGAGUUCUUGCUCCUAGAGGGGGCCACGGGCUUCCGGCCUUCGGGCUGCAUCACCACCAUCCAUGAGGAUGAAGUGGCCAAGACGCAGAAGGCCGAGGGAGGUGGCCGCCUGCAGGCCCUGCGCUCCCUGUCUGGCACCCCGAAGUCCAUGACCUCCCUGUCCCCACGCUCCUCUCUCUCAUCCCCAUCACCCCCCUGCUCCCCUCUCAUUGCCGACUCCCUCCUGGCUGGAGAUGCCUUCCUGAACUCCCUGGAGUUUGAAGACCCAGAGCUGAAUGCCGCUCUGGGUGAGCUGAGCCUUGGCAGCAGCCCCCAGGAGAGAUACCGGCUUGAGGAACCAGGACCAGAGGGCAAGCCGCUAGGCCAAGCCGUGAGCACAGCUCAGGGGUGUGGCCUGAAAGUGGCCUGCGUCUCAGCCGCAGUGUCUGACGAAUCUGUGGCCGGCGACAGCGGUGUGUACGAAGCCUCCGUGCAGAGACUGGGUGCUCCGGAAGCCACUGCCUUCGACAGUGAUGAAUCGGAAGCAGCAGGUGCCGCCCGGGUUCAGAUUGCCCUCAAGUAUGAUGAUAAGAAUAAACAGUUUGCAAUAUUCAUCAUCCAACUGAGUAACCUCUCUGCUGUGUUGCUACAGCUGGACCAGAAAGUGAACAUUCGCGUGGCUAUCCUCCCUUGCUCCGAAAGCACCACCUGCCUGUUCCGGACUCGGCCCCUGGAUGCCUUGGAUACUCUGGUGUUCAACGAGGUGUUCUGGGUUUCCAUGUCCUAUCCAGCUCUUCACCAGAAGACCUUAAGAGUCGAUGUGUGCACCACCGACAGCACCCAUUUGGAGGAGUGCCUGGGUGGUGCCCAGAUCAGCCUGGCCGAGGUCUGCCGGUCUGGGGAGAAGUCGACUCGCUGGUACAACCUCCUGAGCUACAAAUACUUGAAAAAAGAGAGCAGGGAGCCCAAGCCUGUGGGAGCCGUGGGCCCCACCCCGGGACCCAAAAACACGGACGCUGUGUCUGCUCUGCUGGAACAGACUGCGGUGGAGCUGGAGAAGAGACAGGAUGGCAGGAGCAGCAGGCAGAAGCUGGACAACAGCUGGAAAUACGAGGAGGAGGAUACCAGUGAGAACGAGGAGGCAGCGGCUGAGGAGGAGGAGGAAGAGGAAGGAGAAGAGGAUGUCUUUGCUGAGAAGGUUUCACUGGACAUGGAUGAGUGCCCGGCAUUAAAGGUGGACAAAGAGACCAACACUGAAACCCCAGCCCCAUCCCCCACCGUGGUGCGACCCAAGGACCGAAGGGUGGGCACCCAGUCCGCGGGGCCGUUUCUCCGAGGGAGCACCAUCAUCCGUUCCAAGACCUUCUCCCCUGGACCCCAGAGCCAGUACGUGUGCCGGCUGAACCGGAGCGAUAGUGACAGCUCGACUCUGUCCAAAAAGCCACCUUUUGUUCGCAACUCCCUGGAGCGGCGCAGUGUCCGUAUGAAGAGGCCUUCAUCGGUCAAGUCGCUGCGCACUGAGCGCAUGAUCCGCACCUCACUGGACCUCGAGCUGGACCUGCAAGCGACAAGGACCUGGCACAGCCAGCUGACUCAGGAGAUCUCGGUGCUGAAGGAACUCAAGGAGCAGCUGGAGCAAGCCAAGAGCCAUGGGGAGAAGGAGCUGCCGCCAGGGUUGCGGGAGGAUGAGCGCUUCCGCCUGUUGCUGAGGAUGCUGGAGAAGCGGGUGGACCGAGGCGACCGCAAGGGGGAGCUUCGGACAGAGAAGCUGAUGAGAGCAGCGGCCAAGGAUGUGCACAGGCUGCGAGGGCAGAGCUGUAAGGAGCCCCCGGAAGUGCAGUCUUUCAGGGAGAAGAUGGCGUUUUUCACGCGUCCCCGGAUGAACAUCCCUCCGCUCUCGGCGGAUGACGUGUAGUCACCAGGAGGGCGUUGUGCGGCUGCGCCGCGAGCCCUGAGUGGGGCUGAGCUCAUUCAUGUGUUGUU